UUGGCGUCGUGUAUGGUGGUGUGGCGUACAGUGCCGGGUGAGUUUUGGUUAAAGUCGACGGUUGGACGUCAUCAGGAUGGGUCCUGUAUAUUAUGUCAUUUACGUCGCAUUAUUGUCCACGUAUGCGAGCGCGAGUACAGACACGAAUACGCGACCGAAGGACAGCCUGGUGGAGCAACUGAACGAGGAUAAUUGGGAUCGCAUGCUCACGGGAGAGUGGAUGGUCGAGUUUUAUGCACCAUGGUGUCCAGCUUGUAGAGCACUUGAACCAGUCUGGGAGGAUCUUGCAUUAUCCAAAAAGAAACUAAACAUCAAUGUUGGAAAGAUAGAUGUGACAAAUUCUCCAGGUCUUAGUGGCAGAUUUUUAGUUACAGCUUUACCUACAAUAUAUCAUGUAAACAAUGGGAUAUUUAGGCAGUAUAAGAGCCCAAGAGAUAAAUCAUCAUUAAUCGAAUUUGUAUCUGAAAAGACAUGGAUGAAAGUAGAUCCAAUAUCUAGUUGGAAAAGCCCAACAUCAUUCCAUAUGUCAUUUUUAAGUCAAUUUUUUAAAUUAUCCCAAAUAUUACGUAAUAUCCACAAUCAACUUUUGGAAGAUGUUGGGGUACCUGUAUGGGGUGUUUACUUGAUUUUUGCUGCUGCGACAGUUGUUUCAGGCACAAUAUUAGGAUUGCUUAUUGUGUGCUUGGUUGACUUCCUUUUUCCACCGUCACAGCAACAAGGUAAGAUGAAACAGACUGCUGCAACAGACGGUGCUACUCAAGAGAAAAAUUCAGACGAGGAUGAAAUUGUAGAAAAUAUUGGUGGUGAUUUAAUAGAUGAAGAAGAAUCUGAAACAGAGGAGCCUGAAAUGAAAGAAUCUGAAGCAAAGAAAUCUGAAACAAAGAAAUCUGAGACGAAAGAAGUAGAAGCGAGUGAGACAGAUAAAGAUAGUAAAGCUGAUACUAGUAGUCCUAACGUUCGCAAACGUAAGCCACGCAAGGCUGACUAGAGAUAUUAAUUCGUUCAAUGUAAAUAUUCAGCAAACAAAUUAAUUGCAACUAGCCCUUGGCGGUAUCCCCCCAAAGUCAUUCCUGUGCAUUGAAAUGCACCAA